AUGGAAGAAUUGUUUGGAGAAAAUGAACAACAGGAAAAUCCUCCUUUGGAUAAGGAGAGUGCACAAAAGAAAUGUGCUAAACCGAAAAAAUUACCCAGCAAUAUUUCUUUAAUUAACCAAACUUCGUUCCUCGAAACCAUCCGCGAAGAGUCCAAAUCGACGCGAGAAACAGUGCAGAAUGCACACGACUACAUUCGAGAGGCUCUUAUUUCCCUUAAAAAGGAGAUUGUAAAUGAUGUAAUUCAAGAGCUUAAUCCACGACUCACCGAAAUUGAAGAAAUUUUAAAAGAAGUAAAAAAUGAAAUAACCGCUAAAAAUGGCGAGCCUGAAUCUGAAUCAGAUUCAGAUGAAUCUGAGGAUGAUCAAGAAAAUCGAAAUGAAGUAAAUAUUCAGCCCGCUUAA